AUGUCACCACCAAAGAACAAUAAUUUUAAUAAUAAUUCAAUAAAUAAUUCUUUAAUUACCAAUAAUUCAAUUAAUUCUGUAUAUACUUCCCUAAAACCCCCAACAUUUUUCGUUACCGAUCGUCGAAUGUUGGCACACAAAAAUGAAUGGGAUUUAGACCAUAUCGAUACUCCUAAAAGACUUGCUGCUGUUUUGGAUAUGCUCGAAAAUGAACAUUUACUCGAUCAAUGUCAAGUAAUUGAUUCUGCUGAAUGUUCAAAUGCUGAUCUCAGGCAUUUUAAAUAUAAAUAA